AGAACAUGGCAGAAGAUUCCCAGAGAAAUUUCCGGUCUGUGUAUUAUGAGAAAGUUGGAUUUCGUGGAGUAGAGGAGAAGAAAUCCCUGGAGAUAUUGCUGAAAGAUGACCGGUUAGAUAUUGAAAAGAUUUGUACCUUCAGUCAGAGAUUUCCUCUUCCAUCCAUGUACCGAAUUCUCGUAUGGAAAGUACUUCUUGGAAUUCUGCCCCCCCACCAGGAGACUCAUCUAGUGGUGAUGGUACAUAGGAGGGAGCAGUUUUACGAUGUUCACCAUGCUCUGCAGGUUAUGCGUUUCAUCAAUGACACUACGCCCCAGACAGAGGCGUUCCUCCAUAUGCAUCAACUGGAGAUGGGUAAACUGUCCCGAAGCAGCCUUUACACUCUGGAGCCAGAGGAUGAGUUGUUCCUGGCCAUAGCUAACACAAUCGAGGAGAUGGCCGAUGAUGACGUGGAUUGCUAUUGGCUCACCAAACAUUUUGUGCAUCAUUUGGACACUAAGUUUAGGGAUUCGCAGGCUGCGAUGCAAAAAGGAUUUGAGCAUUACUUAAACUUAGAGGACAGCAGACUGAUGGCUCAUCUGAAGGUGUGCAAUGCUCUAGAAAAGCUCCCGUAUGACUUGUGGUUCCGGAAGUGCUUUGCAGGUUGUUUACCGGCAUCCAGCUUGCAAAGGGUUUGGGACAAACUUGUUAGUGGAUCCUGUAAGAUUCUUGUGUUUGUUGCUGUGGAGAUUAUGUUAACUUUUAAAAUGAAAAUGACGACCCUAAAUAAAUCAAACACUAUGAAUGAAUUUUUGGAGAAGAUUCCAGAAGACAACACAGAUCAAAUUGUGAAUAAAGCUAUAGAUUUGUGGCAUAAGCACUGUGGUAUUCCUGCUCAUUCUGUAUGAAGAUUCUAUAACAGAUGGUCACCGUGUUUUUUGUAUAUAUCUGUUCAGAUGCCCACCUCCCAUUGGUUAUUUAUAACUUGUAUAUUGACUAUUAAAGCGUAAAUAUUCAGACUUUCC